UGUCUGUCAAUCCAAGUCUAGCUCAGUCAAUAAGUGGCGGGAGCUGCGAGCAGUGAACGCGCUAAACAAUUUUGCCGGUUCCCAGUGCUUUGCGCUGUGUUUUUCACACUUGUAGAAGUUUUACAAAUGACGUCAGGCCGCUAUGCUGCCCGAAAAAGCGCUUCUUCGAGUGACGCUGGGACUGCGACAUGGAUCAGUGAGGUGAAAAAAUGUCUAUUGAGAAACCUCGACACGCAGGCAAAGCCCGACCUGUUGAAGUCCUACAGCGAGCAGAAGCAUGUACUGGAAGAAUUAUUGUCAAGAGCGGUCAAGCUAGGCGAAAGCAACUCCGUUUUGGUUGUUGGACCCAGAGGAUGUGGGAAGACAUCGCUGAUUCUAGCCGUUUUAGACAGCGUGUCUCGGCACCAGGAUAUCCUUUCAAAUUUUCUUCUUGUAAAGUUGAACGGCUUCACUCACACCGAUGACAAGAUUGCUUUGAAAGAUAUUACACGUCAAUUGCAGUUGGAAAAUGUUGUAGGAGAUAGAGUGUUUGGCAGUUUCUCGGAGAACCUUACAUUUCUGCUGGAAUGCUUGAAGUCAGGGGACCAGCAAAGCAAGACGAUUGUUUUUGUUGUUGAUGAGUUCGACUUGUUUUGCUACCACAAGAACCAGACACUUCUGUACAAUUUGUUUGAUGUGGCACAAUCGGCUCAAGCACCGAUAUUGGUUAUUGGCAUCACCUGCCGGCUGGACGCCGUCGAACUUCUUGAGAAGAGGGUGAAGUCUCGCUUCUCGCAUCGCCAGCUUCACUUGUUUCCAAACUUCAGCUUUGAGGAGUACCUGGGCAUCAUGGUCGAUCACCUGUCCUUGCCCAGCAACUUUCCGAACAACAAGCUGAGAGAAGAAUGGAAUGCCUCCGUCAAGGCUUUUGCCCAGGAGAGUGCUGUGAGGACAGCCUUGCAACGUCUGUACUCGACCAACAAGGACAUUCGAGCUAUGCAGUACUUGUUGCUGCCACUUGUUAUGAGCCUCUCUGAAAAGAAUCCAAAGCUGGAUGCUGUCCACCUCCUGGAGUCCCAGAGGCAGCAACUCAAAGACCCCAACGUUGCCCUUCUCAAAGGGUUGUCUAUGCUGGAGCUGUCACUGGUUGUUGCAAUGGUGCACCUGACGAAACUUUAUGAUGGAGAGCCAUUCAACUUUGAGAUGGUUUACAAAGAGUUCUUAAAAUUUGCAACUGGAAAGUCGUCGCUGGAAACAAGCAAGCCAGUGGUAAUGAAGGCAUUCCAGCAGUUGGAGGCAUUGGAGUUUGUGCAGCCUGUGUCUCGGAGCCUUGCCAGCGUGCAGUACGAAUUCCGGCUCAUGCAACUGCUCGUCGACCCUUCGCAGGUGCACGAAGUGGUGCACCGGUCGUCGUCCUUGCCAACCGAACUCGCCCACUGGGCCGUGUCCGUUGUGGGCAGCUGAGAGCAGCUUGGAGCCAAUGCAAAGUGGUGACAUUUUACCAAUCUCAGGCCUACCUAAUAGGGCAGUGACCAUUCCUUUGUGCCAGAAGUUCCAGAAGACGUUCCGAGCCUCACAGAAGCCUGUCAGCCUUUAAGAAUGCCGAAGAACUUCGGUGCUGUUGCCUCCUGCUCAACCGGACGUGUUUUCACACAAUCGACACAGUUGUUCACAAGGGGUCUCUGUACAUAAAUAAAAAGAAUGAAGACUCA